AUGAGGGGCUGGACAACCCUGGUCCCCCUCCUGCGUGACGUGGUUGCCCGCGCGCGGUGCGCGGGAUCCCUGCAUGCCGCCAAGCUAGACAUCCGGGCGUUCACGAGCCUGUCACAUGCGGCACCCCUGGGAGCGGCGCCCCCAGCUGUCACCGGCCUGCGCCAGCUGGCAAAGGCAGCCGGGUCGGCGCCCGGCCUGGCCUCCUGGGCGGCUCGCGGGGCGCUCGCCGCCGCACCCUCGCCCCCGCACCUGCUCCAUGGUCUGCGCUGGGUGGCGUCCCUGGCGGGACCGGGUCCCGCUGCCGCCACGCCCUACGGCGCCGCGGCGCUGACCGCGGGCCUGUCAGCCGCGCAGCGCCGCUGGCUGGCCCUCUGGCUGGGCGGCUGCAGCGCCUGGGUGGCGGUGCUGGUGGUGCUGGGCGGCGUCACGCGCCUCACCCGCUCCGGCCUGUCCAUGACCGACUGGAAGUUUGGCGGCGAGCGUGCGCCCUCCGGCGACGCGGAGUGGGAAGCCGAGUUCGCGCGCUACGCGGCCUCGCCCGAGUUCCGCCGCGUCAACUCGCGCAUGACCCUCGACGAGUUCAAGGCGAUCUACUGGAUGGAGUUUGCACACCGCUACUGGGGACGCGGCCUGGGCCUGCUCUUCGCCGGCCCCGCCCUGGCCUUUGCGGUCGGCCGCACCGUGACGACCCCCCUGGCCCGCCGCCUUGCCCUACUCUUCGCCAUGGGCGGCACCCAGGGCCUGGUGGGCUGGUGGAUGGUGCGGUCGGGGCUGGAGGACCCCGCCGACCCUCACACCGUGCCGCGCGUCUCCGCCUACCGCCUGGCUGCCCACCUCACCUCCGCCUUCGCCAUCUAUGCCACCCUGGUGGGCCUGGGCCUGGCCGCGCUGCUCAACGCCGUGCCGGUGGAGCUGGGCGCGGCGCACCAGGCCAACGCACUCACGCUCUUCACGCUGGCCCUGGCGCUGCUGCACGCACUGCGCCCGGGGCCGGUCGUGCAACGACCGGGAAUCGAACCCGGGUCCGCCGCGAUGUCCUUCAACUGGAUAUGGAACUUCACCCCUUCCCCCGGCUGGACGGUGGAGGAGACCAGAACCCUGCGCCUCCUGCUCAUGCGCUACGGCAUCGGGCGCUGGGUGCAGAUCCUGGCCACGGGGCUCUUGCCGGGCAAGCUCAUCCAGCAGCUGUACGGCGCCACCCAGCGCCUACUGGGGCAGCAGUCCCUGGCCGCCUUCACGGGCCUACGCAUCGACCUCGACCGCGUGAGGGCGGAGAACGAGGGCAGGACGGACGCCCCACGCAAGUCGGGCCUCAUCAUCUAUGAUGGACCUGUCCUGACGCGGGAAGACAAGGAUCGUCUGCAGGCAGAGGCGCAGGAGAGGUAUGGACUGACGCCUGAGCAAAUGGCCCAGGCAGAGGCUGAGGUGGCGGCGCUGCAGGACAGCAUGCAGGGCACUGCACCGGCGUGGCGGGACUGCCCCCUGCUGGCGGGCGACACGAGCUCCUGCACCCAGGAGGAGCUGACGGGCAUGCUGGCCGACCUGCACUCCGUCCUGAGGAGGCUGCGGGCGCAGCUCAGCAGCGCCGUGGCGCGCAGGCACCGCGCGACGCGCACCCCGACCCUGGACGGGGGCGGCAGGGGGGACGGCGCGGCGCCCAAGGAAAGGGCGGCGCGGCCCGUGAAGCGCCGCGCGCCGGUGCCGGCCGCUACUCGGACCGCAGCGGCGGACAGCGAUGACGACGACGACGACUUUGAGUGCCCCUUGGAGGCCGAGGAUGUGGCGGCCCUGUGCGGCAUGGGGUUCUCAGAGGUCCAGGCUGCGGAGGCGCUGGCCGCCGCGGAGGGCUGCCUGGAAGCUGCGAUAGAGCUCCUCCUGGGGUGA